UUCCUUUGGAUGUAAAAGCAUUUUGACUAAUUGGACAAACAAAACAGAGUUCAGAGGUUUUCGUUUUUUUUUUUCUCUCUUUUAGUCUAUGCAGCAGAAGCAUCAAUAACUCAUCAGUCGCCAGAAAUUUCAAAGAAUACAAAUGGCCCACAGGCGUUGCCUCUUGAUAAGAGGGAACCUCAUGAAUCAAAAGUGCCACCCGUCUUUCAGUUAUGUUCUCCACAGUGAUGAAGAGAAACAUGAAAGCACUGGCGAAAGGUCAUCUUCAGCAGGGAUUAGUAAUUUUUUCCAAAGAAGGAUGUUUGGGAACUCAGUGGAUGGAUCAAUGUGGUGUUUUGCCUAUUCUGAACAUAGAAUGUCUUCGAACAGAUUCCUUUCUCCGAGCUCUGGGUAUAAUUUAUAUCGACAUAUGUCAACAACUAAUCAGGGUUCCGAUAAGAUUGAAAUAAUGACUGACAUAGCAGAUGUUCUAAAAAACAAUACGAUGGAAGCUGUGAAUUCUCAGGCACCUAUUCUUAAAGAAGUUGCAAUUGCCUCUGCUGAUUCUGUUUUACCUGUGAAGGCCUUGCAGUACAUUAUAGAUGCCAUGCAUUCCUACACUGGAUUGAACUGGUGGGCAGCCAUAGUUAUAACAACUCUCUUGAUUCGAAGUGCAACAGUUCCACUCUUAAUAAAUCAACUUAAGGCCACUUCUAAGCUUACGCUGAUGAGGCCUCACAUGGAAAAAAUAAAGGAAGAGAUGGAAGAUAAGGCUAUGGAUCCCAUUGCUGUUGCUGAAGGUCAGAAAAAAAUGAAGAUGCUAUUUAAGGAAUAUGGUGCAAGUCCAUUUACUCCAUUGAAGGGGCUCUUUAUUCAAGGUCCUGUCUUUAUUAGUUUCUUCCUUGCGAUAAGAAACAUGGCUGAAAAGAUGCCAUCAUUCAAGGAUGGCGGAGCCUACUGGUUUGUUGAUCUUACCACUCCAGAUGCAUUGUACAUUUUGCCAGUUCUGACUGCAUUGACGUUCUUAAUAACAGUAGAGUGCAACAUGCAAGAAGGCAUGGAAGGAAAUCCAGCUGCUGGCACCAUGAAAAAAGUCUCGAGGGUUCUUGCUGUCCUUACAGUUCCUUUUACCAUGGGAUUUCCGAAGGCUAUAUUUUGUUACUGGAUUACAUCAAAUUUGUUUUCACUUGGAUAUGGACUCGUUCUUAAAGCUCCUGGUGUAAAGAAAGCUUUGGGUAUCCCCAUAAUACCGGAAGCAGCAGCCACCAGUGGUGCACAAUCUCCCUCUUCUAUAUUUCCAGCCCUGAAACAAGCUACAGCAGCAAGAAUUGCACCAAAGUCAUUGCCUGUUGAACCAUCAAAACAUAUUACAAACACAUCUUCUGAUGUCAAUCAGAGACUAAAUCGUUUAGAGAAACAAGUGAAAAGAAGAAAGAAAAACAAGAAAUGAGGAAAAGUUGAAUUGUUUCUUAGUUAUACCAACCUAAUAUAUCAUAGAUGUACUGAAAUUUUGGCUGUUGUUUUUGUCAAAGAAUCUGUUUAGAGUUAGAAUCAAAAUUUUGGGAAUUAUUUCUGAUUUGAAUUCCUAGGACUUGCUGCCAAUAAUUAGCAUGAUUUGUUCCCCUAAUAAUUAGCAUGAUUUGUUUCCCUGUAUUCAGUUUUUGAUUCUCAGGGAGUGUUAUUCCCUUUCUAGUCUAUUCAAAUGUGACUAUUCAAUAGGAAAUAAUGAGUAUUUUCUUGC